UUAUCUAUCUACUGCUCUCAACUUUCCUGUCGGUUUCCCUUGCCAUGUGUCCAACCAAAACUUAGCUAACAUUCAGUCAUCACAUGCGUCGGUUUUUUUUUGGCAGAAAGAUAAGAAGUGCAGAGGUAUCGGACCAUGUUCGAAAGUGAACGCACUCACGUCUGGUGAUACUUUUAGUAAUUAACCGAAAAACUGCAUCGCGUUGAUAACAAACCUAUUCAAUGAUACGGGUGUCACAUCAAACAUCAUAAAAGUGUGAUAAAGGAACGUAUAAAAACCCUCCGGGUCAAGAUGAACAGUAUCCAUUGUUGAACAGUAGCUUCCUCAAGAUGAUCAAGAGUGCCGUCCUUCUUUUGGCUGCGGUCGCGGUCAGCUCUGCAGUACCGAUUGACGUGUACCGAGGCGCGUACGGCGUUGACAAGUGGCCGUACUACAGCAGGAGCUAUUCCGGCGAUUACCUGAGAACCAUCUUGGGCGGCUACGGUUCAGACUACGGAUACGGAUACGGCUACGGACACCCGUUCUACAAACGCUACGGUUACGGAUACGGCAAGAUCGGAGGAAAAUGGGACGACACAUACGACAUUUACAGCACCAUUGGGGACGAGUACCGCAGGGGCGUGUACGAUGAGGUCGUACCUGAGGUCUGGAGGAAAUUCGGAGCCUCUGGCGACAUCUACAGCACCCUGAAGAAGCACCAAAUCGGCGACCUGCUGGACCUCAACGACAAGCACACCCUUCAACAGGUCCACCUCAUGCAAGGCCAGCACUUGUUGCGCGACCUGAAGACCGAACAGCUCGCUCAGGUGUUGGAGGACAAAGAGGUCCUCGAUCGUCUUGACCUUGUGCAACAGAUGGAGAUUCAGAAGCAAAAGGAGAGGCUCGAGAUGCUGCAAUGGCUGCAGAAACUGCAAUUGGACCAGGUGCACACCAUCGACGAUGCCAAGAUGACUGCUUACGGAUACCCCGCUGCUUACUGGUUCAGAACGAUGAAGGGUAUCCACGGAUACGGCCCAUACAGCACUGGUUACAAAUAUGGGAGCUACUACCCCUACUCCGCCGGAAUCGACUCCGUCUACCCCUACUACGGAAUCCGCGGUGGAGUGUACUAAGCUGGUGAUUCCUGAUUUUUUAUACUUUUAAAGAGUUGUUGACUGAUCUGUUUUUCGCAUUAAAUAAAAAGUAGUUUUUAUUACAA